CUAAACGCAGCAUGCCAAAAAUGCAUAGAUCACUCGUUGCAUCAUGAGCUGUGGCUGCCGGCUUGCGAGGACGAUGUUCAGAUGUUGCAGUGCUGCUUUUCAUGCAAUCUAUUCCAUUCUUCGCAACGGAUUGUGGGAUGAUCCUGCUGAAGCGGUGACGGGUGCCGUCUACAAGGAAUUCUCCAAGCAAGUGGAGGCAAAAGGCAUCCAUCCCAAUGCAGCAGUGUAUUUGACAUGGCGCUAUUGCUAUUUGAAAUGCUUUAUUCUGAUUGGUGUGGUGUGGGCUGUUUCUUCCUGGUCAUCCUGGCUACCUGAUCGGGCAUUCCUCGACAACUUUGUGCGUAAUUUGCCGGAAGAGAUACAAGCAAAUCGCUUUGAGACGUUCAUAGUUGUCAUGUCCUGGUGGGAUCCUGCCCUCAUUUUGGUUUGGUUGAGCUCGUUUUUGGUCGUCCUAUGCUCAAUUUUUUUGGCUGCUCCUUCCAGAGUGCUGAAAUACAAGAACAGUCAUUUGUCACGGUAUUUGGUUUGGGGAGCGUGGCUUUGGAACUUCGCACUUCCUUUUGCAGCGCUGCUGCUCUUUCCCAUCCGAUUCACGAUUGAUUGGGCUGGUGUGCAAGAGGACUUGUGUGUUGUGGCCGUGGCGCGAAGCAUGAACUCAGCUGGAACGGACUUGAAUUCUGCUGUUGAGCAGCUGCAGCAGCAGAAGCUCCUUGCCCACAAUGUCCAGAGCUUGCUAGUUUCCCAGGAGGAGCAGCGGCAGGUCACUGAAGUUUCAGCCAGGGCAUGGUGUCAGGAACAGGGACAAGAUUGGUUCCAAGUCUUCUGUCAAGAGAUCAUGGAAUGCGUGGUUACAGUGGACCAACGCUGCCGGGCAGAGGUUUGCCCUUCUGCACCUGAUGAGGAGUUGAGAGAUUGCCUGGGACAGUGCUUGGAGUACGCUCAGCGUGGCAGUGUCGGCCAGCAGUUCAUGGAGUCCCUUUCGCAGUGUGGAAGUUUGCCAUCACACUUGAAGGCACCGCGUGGAAAUUUUUCCAAUGCCUUGCAGAACAUCUCCCAAUGCGGUGGAAGCAUUGAUCUGGAGGUGCUGCAGCUGAUGCAGCUACAGCAGGAAUUGAACUACAAGGACCAAUGUACGUACUCAUCCCUGGCGGUUGACCGGGUCGAGUUUGUGGCUGGUGCCUUUGUGGGAAUUAAUGCAGGCAUGCUGCUGUUGCCAAGUGCCCUUUCAAUUUUGGGUGGUCUGGCGGAGUCCAUCUUCAACCUCAAGGUGCUACUUCCUGGACAUCAAGAAUUUCCGUUUUUGCUGCUUCUCACUUCCUUUGAGGCGCUACCAAUCUACGCAGCCUUGCUGGCGGUUGUGCAGCAGAGCUUGGGAGACAGUGUCCUUUUCGUUGCUUGCUUGGCUUUCAUUUGCUAUGUGGGGCUUCCAGCUCUUACUGGGUGCCUUACACGCCACCUGCGUCCUGGACCUGAGCACCGGUGGCUCUUCUACCGAAGGGUCUGGCUUGAGUAUAGUUUGCGUGCUGCCUUGGUCUUGGUGAUGUUCAUCUCCUUUGGUAAUUAUCUGAGGAAUUUGGUCGGCGAGCGGUUUGUACAGGACCACCCGGUGAGAUUGUUGUUGCUUACAACUUUAAGCUACUUCACACGCAAAAGCUUGACCGCAGUGGCCUCCACAGACGCUGCUGUGAGUGCCUUCCUCCAGUGCGAGCAUUGGCGGAGGUCCUUUGCAGCCGAGGAUCGGAAGGCCAACGAGGAACGACUUGUGUCUCUCACGCCCAUCCUGCUUCAGGGCAAACCUCCGACAGUUGGCCCAUUGGCAGAAACAAAGGACGGUGCCAGGGGAGAAAGCAAGGACGUGAACCAGGACGGGCUGCAGAAUCAGCGAGAGGAAGUGAAGCAAGAGCUUGCAGUUUCAGUAGACCCAGUAGACCCACCACAUCCACAUCACAUGGAGCAGUAGAGCCUCCUGUGUGUACAGAUAGCCAGGCAUUUGGGGAUAUCAGCGAAGCUGUGACCAGUUUGCCUGCCUUUGCUGAGAAUGGAGUCCCAAAGGUGGAUUGUGAAAAGAUACAAUAGUGAGGCUGCUUUGAUGCAAGUGAUUGUCAGAGCUCAGC